GAUCUCGGUCAAGAUUCUCUUAUACAGACCUCCUGCUUGGUUAAAGAGAGCUAAAUAUUAGACUUGCUUUGCGUGAAAAAAAACUCGCUUUGGGUGUUCAUAUCCCCUUGAAUGCUGCUAAAUGUUAAUAUUUUAGUAGUUUCUUUGCGACAGUAGCGGCGUGAAACGAGAGCUGAAGGUGUCUCUGUGCUUUUGAACCAUAACUAACCAUUUUGUAAUUCAUAAGGUUCUAAUGACGAUCGAUUUUCUUAUUUUAAGUGAUCACUAGUCGUGUACAAGUGUUAAGUGGCAAGGCUUGUGGUCACAUCUUAAAAUACAAACCAGGAAGUGCGAGGACACAAUCCAGGUAACAAAAGCAUGGGGAUAUUUCUUUUGGGGCGGUGAUUCUAUGUACAUAACAAGUUCUGGAGCAGAGAGCAGUCCAAAAAUCAAAUUUCCAGUAUCUUCUGGUGUCUGGUAUAAACUUAAGUCCGUAGUCAGAGGUACUAACGUAAAAAUAUACGUCAAUGACAACUUGGCCAAGGAAAUAACAAUGUCAGGAAACGGAGCUGAUGAUAAAAGCAACAAUUAUGUGGGAAUAUGGUGUCACAACAAAAUUCCGAUAAAGGGCGACAGUUUUCAAGUUACAGUACCGAGUUGUCCAGCUCUUACCGUUGGCCGCCUUGUCAAAGCAUCACCGAACAGUUGCCUGACGUCACAGGUGAAAACCAACACGAAAUGCUCGUUCUCGUGUCCACAGAGAUACCAGCUACAAGGUCCAUCUUAUAAGCAGUGUGGAGCAAAUGGUCAAUGGACGGACAGAGCUAAAUCGGUUUCAUGCAUUGUUGUACAGUGUCCAGUUCUUACUGUUGGCCGACUUGUCAGAGCUACACCGAAAAGCUGUAUGACGUCACAAAUGAAAAUCACCAGUAAUUGCUCGUUCUCAUGCCCAGAGGGAUACCAUCUACAAGGUCCAUCUUAUAAACAGUGUGGGGCAAAUGGUCAGUGGACCGAUAGUGCUAAGUCAGUCUCGUGCAAAGAUAUUGACGAGUGCACGGUGUCAAAUGGCGGCUGCAGUCACAAGUGUGUUAAUACUGCAGGAGGCUACAAAUGUGAAUGUCCAGAUCCGGAAUUGAGCUUAGCAUUGGACAACAGUACAUGUCAUGCACCAGGUGUUGACGUUCAGUGCAACAGCGACAACAUGACAAUCACCAUUCCCAAGUCCCUGCUCCGUGGUAUUGACCGUGAGCAUAUUCGACUCCUAGACACUACAUGCAAAGCAAAAGAAACAAGCGCUGACUUCUCUCUAACAACACCGCUGACUGGCUGUAAUACAAGACGCAAGCAAACAGCUUCAGCUAUUGUCUACUCCAACACAGUCUUGGAAAUCCCUGUGGCUGCUGAGGAUGUCGUGACACGCGUGCGUGAAAUAGAAAUACAGUUCAGCUGUUUUUAUUCCAAGUAUGGCGUGGUAUCAUCGGUUGGUUGGAAGCCAAGUAACAGGAAACUUGUGUUCAGUGAUGAAGGCAAAGGAAACUUUACACUUUCUCUGAACAUGUUUCCUGACAAGAGAUUCGUGAGUCCUUACACGAAGGAUGAUUUUCCUGUUCCUGUGGUGCUACGUAAACUUCUGUUCUUUGAGGCAUCAGUGACAUCAGGUGACAACCAGCUGUCAAUCAUAGCGAAUAGAUGCUAUGCCACGCCCACUCAGGAUCAGAAGAAUUCCUUGAAAUACGAAUUUAUAACGAAAGGAUGCCCAAAUGACAUUACUGUGAAGUACCAUUCUGCGCCUUCAGUCAGUGCACAGCGGUUUAGCCUGGAAGCCUUCAAGUUCAUUGCUGACCAUCCAUUUGUGUUCGUUCACUGUCACGUGAUUGUAUGCAACGGAACCGACAGAGACUCUAAUUGCGCAAAGAAAUGUCCAUCAAGUGGCCGAAGAAGACGUGAAGUCAGUGAUCACGCUACUGGCGCGUACUAUUUGGCCCAGGGCCCACUCCAUCUGGCACGAGAGAAACGAGAGGAAAAGCACGGGAAUGUCCAGGAAAAAAGUGGUUCCAGUCCUGUCAUCCUGAUGGCUCUGCUUGUGAUGUGCGUGGCUUGCUUGGUCGGUACAGCGGCGAUGAUCUACAAGAAGUCAUGUGACAAGUCCGCUGGCUAUGCUAUGCUUGCCAGCGGUGAAAAGGAGUGAAACAUGUUCACUGACUUAAAUUGGACUGGACUUAAGAUACUUUAAGGCUACUCGAGCUUGAGAUAUGCAUUGCGUAUUUAAACUGGUUAAUACUCCCUAUGAAUUAACCUUUUUGUAACAAAAAGAAUCAUAUUUUUUGCUGCUUGACAGAUUCACCCAUCGUUGGCCAUUUCUGGAUAUAGCCCUUUAGCUUGGCAGGCAAGGCUGCAUCUCCUUUGAUUGAAGAAUAAGACGUGGCAAAUUUUGAAAAAUGCCUGAAAAACAAUAUAAUAUUCUGAGGUAAAUGAAAUUUAACAAGAAGCAGAUUUACCAUA